UCGGCGGCCUGCGCAUGGACACCGAGUACGAGUUCUCAGUCACGCCGCUCGACCGGCGCAUGACCAAGGAGCGCCAGCACAGCAAGAGCGUGCAGGUCCGCACCAAGGCAUUCUCGGCAAGCACGCGCUGUCUGGCGGGCGCCAGCGAGGUGACCGUGCACACGGGACCACACUUCGCCGGUCGUCUCUCGGUCGAGGACGACCCGAGCGGGGCCUGCGGCGUGCAGGGAGACCCGGACAGUGAACGACAGGUGUACGUCCUGAGGAUCGAUCACAGCGCCUGCCGCACCGAGAAGCGGGACAUGGAGGUGCGCACGUUCGUCAUGGUGCAGGAGCAGGACACGAUCCAAACGCACAGCACGCGCCGCUUCCUCGUCAUCUGCAACUACCAGUCUCACUCAUUUACCGUCAGCGCAGGGGUGAACCUGCCGAAGCUGCCGCUGCUGACGGCCGUGGGGUCACGAGUGGAGGCGGUGCCGGCC